UGAUCGCUAUCGGCCAGAGCCUCGACGAGCAGCAGCAGCAGCGACGACGAGGACGAAGACGACCUCGAAAGGGGAACGAACGGGCCAACUGUGAGACAACGUUGUUGCUUUUCUCAGCCACAUACCUAGCUAGCCGGUUAGCCAUUUAGGCUAGCUAGCUAGCGGACGACGAGGAAGAACGGAAAUGACGACCACACCGCCAACGGAUCUCAGCCAGUCCACUCUGACUGGAAACCUUACCAUCACCCCAGCACCCGUUCUUCCGACGUUUGGUUUUACCCAGGAACAGGUCGCGUGCGUUUGUGAAGUGCUACAACAGUCGGGUGAUGUUGAACGAUUAGCGCGAUUUCUAUGGUCUCUCCCCGCUUUGGAAACCCUGCAGAAGAACGAGUCGGUCCUCAAAGCCAAAGCCCUCGUCGCCUUCCACCGAGGGAACUUCAAGGAUCUCUAUAAGAUCCUCGAAUCUCACGCUUUCGCCCCAUCAGCUCAUCCCAAACUUCAAGCGCUCUGGCUCAAAGCUCACUAUAUCGAAGCCGAACGGGUUCGUGGCAGACCUCUGGGCGCUGUCGGGAGGUACAGAAUCCGCAGGAAGUUCCCGUUGCCCCGCACCAUCUGGGACGGGGACGAGACCAGUUAUUGCUUUAAAGAGAAGUCGAGAACCAUCUUGAGAGAUUGGUAUGCUCAUAAUCCUUAUCCCUCACCGCGGGAAAAACGUGAACUCGCCGAGGGAACCGGAUUGACUACUACACAAGUUUCCAACUGGUUCAAAAACCGACGCCAAAGAGACCGGGCAGCCGAGACGAAAGAUGGCCGAGACAGCCAAGCGGGCAAACCGACGAAGAGCGGCUCAUCCGGUGGAAUAUCAAACGCAGAUCCCGAAGACGAAGAAGAAGAGUCUGACAACUCGUGUCUGUCCCCGGAGCCAACGACAGAUCUGCAUACUGCCGUCAAUGAUCUCGUUCAGGGCUCGGCGGCAUCGGACACGCUCAAGAUGCUCCAGGGCUUCAGCCACUACCACCAGCAAACCCAGCAGUACACCAAGCACUCAAUCCAUCACUUGUUUGGUGGUUCUUCGAUGGAUUCAUUGAAAACAGCCGUUGCUUCGUUUGCGUCUUCAGCGCCCGGAGAUGUCAUAACAUCAACCGCAACCCAGCUCGCAGCCCAAUCAUCGCUGCCGUCAGCCGGCUUCAGAUUUGAUUUCGCGGCAGCUGGACUCACGGCAGGCUUAGCAGCCGCUGCCGGAGCUACGGCUCUCCCGCCUGAAUAUCAUCAUCCUUUACUAUGAUGUCAUCCAUGAUCUACGUUGAAAUUCAGGCUAUGGUGCAAAGAUGUUUAAGUAGCCGUUUCGGAGGUUUUUUAAUAUAAUAAGCGAAAGUGAAUGAAACGCUCCUCCACGGAGUAAGUGACCCUAGUCACGUGACCUCGAGAGGUC